AUGAACAACUCAAGCAGGCCUGGAGAGGAAGUCAAUCUGUGGGUUCUCGGACUGCUGGUAUGGACGCUGAUUGCUGGGACCGAGUACUUCCGUGUCCCCACGUUUGGCUGGGUCAUGUUCGUGGCUGUAUUUUACUGGGUCCUCACGGUGUUCUUCCUCAUCAUCUACAUAACCAUGACCUACACCAGGAUCCCCCAGGUGCCCUGGACCACGGUGGGCCUGUGCUUUAAUGCAAGUGCCUUCGUCUUAUACCUCUCGGCCGCCGUGGUGGACGCGACCUCAGUGUCCCCGGAGAGAGACAGCCACAACUUCAACAGCUGGGCAGCCUCCUCGUUCUGUGCCUUCCUGGUGACCACCUGCUAUGCCGGAAAUGCCUACUUCAGCUUUACAGCGUGGAGAUCCAGGACCGUGCAGUGA